AUGGGACUCGCCCAAUUCAACCCGUUCAAAAGGGACCGCCAGAAUUUCCCUGGCGUUGUUAUCCCGCUCGCCGAUGCACCAGCACACCCCUCGCAACCCACGGAAAAAGAUGAUAAAGACUCUAGCAAGAGCUUGGACCGCGCUCCUUCUUCCGAGAAUGGUGUCGCAGGCUCACACACUAGCACUAACCACUUGACCCUGGAAGGUCUUCGUGCCGAAAUCGAAUCUGAUCUCGCUACAGCUUCUCAUGAUUCUGCUUAUGACCGUAUGUAUACAGCUCUGCCCUUCAACGCUGAGAUGCAUGCCAAAUGCAUGUUCAUCAUAUUUCUGCGCAAGGCGAAGGUGAUUAACAGAGCCUUGCAGGAUAUCGGCAUGGGCCGGUAUCAAUGGCAAUUGUUCUUCCUCUGUGGAUUUGGCUGGACCGCGGACAACCUCUGGCUCCAGGGAGUUGCUCUGACUCUGACACCGAUCUCAUACGAGUUCGGAAUUUCUGAGACUGGGGUGCGUUUCACGACUUGUGCUUUGUUCCUGGGACUUUGUCUCGGUGCCUCUUUCUGGGGUGUUGCCUCUGAUAUUGUCGGCCGUCGCCUCGCUUUCAACACUACCCUUUUCCUGGCCGGUGCUUUUGGACUGGCUUCUGGCGGUGGUCCCUCAUGGAUCGGCACAUGUGCUCUGUUUUCUUGCUUGGGUCUUGGCGUGGGAGGGAACUUGCCCGUCGAUGGUGCUCUCUUCCUGGAGUUCCUGCCCUUCAUAUCCGGCAACAUGUUGACCAUGCUGAGUGUGUGGUGGCCCAUUGGUCAACUGAUUGGCAGUCUUCUUGCCUGGGCCUACAUCCCGAACUACAGCUGCACUGGCUACGAGGGCUGCACCAAGGAGAAGAACAUGGGAUGGCGCUACCUGGUCCUUACCCUGGGUGCUAUCACCUCUGUGAUGUUCAUCAUGCGUUUCUUCUUCUUCCACCUGUACGAAUCACCCAAGUUCCUGCUUUCCCGCGGUCGUCAAGACGAGGCCGUCGCAUCUGUUCACGGAAUCGCCUACAAGAACGGUGCCAAGACAUGGUUGACCACCGAGAUUCUCAAUGAGAUCGGUGGCCACCCCGAGAGACAGGAAGAGAAGACAGAGCUCACCAUUUCCCAAAUUAUCGGUCGCUUCUUCUCCAAGUUUUCAAUGGAGCGCAUUGGUCCCUUGUUUGCCAACAAGCGCAUGGGUAUCAACACGGCUCUCCUUUGGUUCUGCUGGACCACCAUUGGAAUGGGAUAUCCCCUCUUCAACGCUUUCCUACCCCAGUAUCUCUCCCAGUCUGGCGGCGAGGCAAACUCCAGCUACACCACAUACCGCAACUACGCCAUCACAUCCAUUGUCGGUGUCCCUGGAUCCAUUCUGGCCUGCUACACUGUUGAGAUCAAAUACGUCGGCCGCAAGGGUACAAUGGCCAUCGCCACAUUGAUCACAGGUGUGCUACUGUUCUGCUUCACUGCAUCUACUAGCUCCAAUAUCCAGCUGCUGUGCACUUGUCUCGAGGCUUUCUUCCAGAACAUCAUGUACGGUGUCCUGUAUGCCUACACACCAGAGACCUUCCCUGCCCCGAACCGCGGAACCGGUACUGGUAUUUCAAGCUGCUUGAACCGCAUUUCCGGUCUAUGUGCACCUUUAGUCGCCAUCUAUGCCGGAAGUGCCAAUCCAAACUCUCCUAUCUAUGCAUCAGGUGCUUUGAUUCUGGCAUCUUUCGUUGCCAUGUGUUUCCUGCCAAUUGAAACUCGGGGCAAGCAAACGUUAUGA